CAUCGUCGCUGCUCUCGUUGGUCACCGCUGAGCGUGGACGCUCGCGACUUUGGUGCUUUUCGGGCGGCGGAGCCUCCUGCGUGCUGAAGUUUAGAAUUUUUAAGUAUCGAAUUGGAAAGUGGCAACUGCGCAUGCUUCAUGGAGAGAAAAAAAUAAAACAUCGCCAGGAUUAAAAUGGAGUAGGAUCAUCCCAGACAAACAAAUAAAGCUGAGCAAACAGAAACUGGGAGAAGCGGUCGGUCGAGAUUGCAUCGUCAGGAAGACCCCCACGGAUGACAACGGCCCCUUUUGUGAGGGGACAAUGGCCACCGGCUCGUAACAGGACCAGCGGCGCUGCUGUUAGGAGGCUUAGAGCAGUUAGUAGGCCAAUACCCAUCGACUGCAAAGUGGGCAGCUGGUCAUCAUGGACAGAAUGUAACUCAUGCACAGACCAAAAGUUCCGUUUCCGCUACCUGGAGAAAGCGUCACAAUUUGGCGGCGCGCCGUGCUUGGAGACGCUGUGGGAGACGCUGGCUUGUCCCACGACGACCGCCGAGUGUCUGGUGCCCGAUUACUGUGGCGAGAGCUUCACCUGCAAAGAAUCAGGCCGCUGCAUCGGCCAGUCCCUGCGCUGUAACGGAGAGGCGGACUGUGACGACUUUUCCGACGAGGAGGGCUGCGAAGAGUACAAGCGGCGCAGCGACAAGUGCGCCACCAUCCUGGCCAUCCCCGGCGCCGAGCGCGGCACGCAGGGGGUGUACCCCGCCUCGUGCCCGUCGACAGCCGGGAUAGGCUCCGGCACUCCUUGCGACCCCUGUGAGGAUAAGCGGCAAAGAAGAUGGAUUGAUGGCUACAACGCCUUGACUGGAGAAUUUGUGAAUCACGUGCUUGACCCGAAGUACUUUGGAGGAAAAUGUGAAUAUGUGUACAACGGCGAAUGGAGAAAAUUCACCUACGACUCGUUCUGUGAGAAUCUGCACCACAAUGAAGAUGAGAAACACUACAGGAAGCCGCACAACUACCACACCUACCGCUUCGUGGCGGAGGCCACGUCAGAGGGCACUCAGGAAUAUUACAGCGACGCGGUCAGCCUGCUCAACGCCAGGAAAACGAUGAGCUCCUUCAACGCGGGCGUUACGGUCGGCGUCUAUUACGUGCAAGUGGGACUGAGCGGGAGCGAGGAGUCCGAGUUCCUCAAAAAUAUAUCGCGGCAUAAAAGCCAGGACCUCGGUUUCGUCAGGAUUUGGUCCAAAGUGGAAACGGCGCACUUCAAGAUGAGAAGCAACGGUCUGAUGCUCCACGAGGAUUUCUACCUGUCGCUGAUGGAGCUGCCCGAGCAGUACGACUUUGGCAUGUAUUCGCGCUUCUUCGACGCAUUUGGUACCCACUACGUCACGGAGGGGGCGAUGGGAGGAACCCUGGAAUACGUGCUGGUGGUCAACAAAACGUCCAUGGCUGAAUCGAAACUCGAAUGGAAGCAGGCCGGUUCGUGUUUCGGGGGUUCUGUCGGGUUGAGCGCUCCGAUCGGCAGCUACGUAAAGGCGGAACUGGCCGUGGGAGGGCAAUUAUGUAAAAAAGGUGGACCUUUAUCACAUGCGUCCAGCAGCGGCUCGUCCGCGAUUAAGGACGUUCUGACGCUGGUGAAGGGCGGUUACACCGACACCAGCGGCGGCUUGGUGGUCAUCAGGGAUCCCGACGCCUACCGCAAGUGGGGGGCGAGCCUUAAAUACAACCCGACAGUCGUGGAACAGGAGAUCAUGCCAAUCCAUGAGCUGGUGCGCCUCAGCACAGCCUUUGACCAAGUCGGAGCCCGACUGGCUAACCUGCAGAGGGCAUUGGAGGAGUACCAGCAGCAGUUCAGCGCCUGCCGCUGCGCCCCCUGCAGGCACAACGGGGUCCCCGUGCUCGCCGGGACGUCGUGCAGCUGCGUCUGUAAGCCGGGCUACCGAGGACAGGCGUGCGAGGACACCCUUCGAACUGGGACCGGAACGGAUGGGUCGUGGUCCUGCUGGGGGGUUUGGUCCGCUUGCACAUCCGGGACGAAACGGCGUACCAGGACCUGCGAUAAUCCGCCGCCCGACGGAGGCGGAGCUACGUGCCUGGGCUCCUCCUCUCAGUCGCAGCGCUGUUGACCUAACAAGCGUGACGGCGCGUCAAGUCUUUUAUGCAAUAAUUGUGACUUCCCACUUUGAGUUUCAAAACAACUAAAUCCAAACUCCUUUCCUUGUGGAUGAGUUUGUUGUUGCGUCGUCCGUCACCUUAUCGUG